UUUUGCUGUGCAAUUCAUCCCGGUUCACUGUUCUCAUUUCUCACCUCCUCGCACCACAUUACCAAGCUAGAAAAUCUGAAAUUUCACAUUUCUCAUUUCACUUCAGUUUGAAUACACAGGUUCAAUUCUCAUUCAAUAGAUUACUCACUAUAUAUUCAAUAUUCGUCAUGAGAACUCGAAAUGCUGAUUCAUCUUCCAAAUCCACAAUCCCUAAAAAGUCACCGCCGGCGAUAAAAUCCGCCGGAGUAUCUCCCGCCGCAAAGCGCGCAUUUACGUCCAAAGUCAGAAACGCUAAGAAGCUGGAAACAUCGCCCGCAACCGAUCCGGAUCAAUCUCUAGAGAAGCAGAACUUAUUAUCUGUAAAGAGGAAAACACCAACGAAACCGAGAACAAAAAUGGUUACCGACACUCCAAAUGUGGAAGAGCAAUUGGAGGCUGAAGUUGUUGAAACUACAGUUGUAGAUGAUCAUGAGGCAGCAGAGAGAGUGGAAGAAGCUGGAAAUGUUAAGGACAUUGAUGUAGAUAAUAUUGAGAGUGAGAAAGAGGGGGAACAGAAGCCCAUGGAAGUGGAUGAACCUGUUGUUGGAAAAGUUUGUGAAUUGGUCGAAAAGGGAAAGAGCAUGGAAGACGUCGAACCAGUUGUUUCUCAGGAUGCUUCUCUUUCUUUUAAACAACCGGGUUGCACCGUUGUGGACCUCAAUAUAUCUGUGAACGAUAAUGAAGAUUAUACUGGUGCAAAGGAGGGAGGUGAAGAGUUGAAAGAGGAAGAGUUGAGUGUGGGAGAGAGAGGAAAGGAAGAGUUGAAAGCACAGGAUGGAGAAAAAGGAAAGGAAGAGUUGAAAGAACAGGGAGGAGAUAAGGAAAUGGAAGAGUAUCAUAUACAGGAAGGAGAAAAAGGACAGAAAGAGCUGAAAGAACAGGAAGCAAAGAAAGGAAAAGAAGAGUUGAAGGAGCAUAAAGAAGAGAAAGGAAAGGAAGUGUUAAAAGAACCAGUAGGAGAGAAAGAAAAAGAAGAGUUGAAAGAACAUGAAGGAGAGAAAAGAAAGGAAGAGUUUAAAGUAGAGGAGAUAGAAAUAGCAAAAGGAGAGGAAACAAACAUUAUUGGACAUGAAGAGCACUCUAGUGUAGAAGUACAAGUCCAGCUGCAAAAAGAUGUUGAUCCCAAAAAUUAUGGUGUUGAAGGGCCAAAGAGUGAUGAAUUAAUAGAUCUUGGAGAACAAGGGAGGGUGGAGCUUGAGGAGGAAGAUCUAGAGGAAGAUCCAGAAGAAGAUCUGGAGGAACCGCCCAAAGAAACUGAGACAUUGGAUGAAGAGCAUAUGGAAUUUGAAGCCGUUGCAAAGGAGCGAAAGAUUAUGAAAGAGCAUGAGAUAUUUGUUGGUGGAUUGGAUCGUGAGGCUACAGAGGAAGAUCUGAGAAAGGUUUUUCAGAGGAUUGGGGAGAUAGUGGAAGUCAGGUUGCAUAAAAAUUCUUCAACAAAUAAAAAUAAGGUCUAUGCUUUUGUAAAGUUUGCUAGUAAGGAGCAUGCAAAUAAAGCUUUGUCUGAAAUGAAGAACCCUGUUAUACAUGGAAAACGAUGUGGCACCGCACCUAGUGAGGAUAAUGACACAUUAUUCUUAGGAAAUAUUUGCAAUACAUGGACAAAAGAAGAUAUUAAACAGAAGCUGAAGGAUUAUGGUGUAGAAGGAGUUGAAAGCAUUACAGUUGUACCAGAUGUUCAACAUGAAGGCUUGAGCCGGGGUUUUGCAUUCCUUGAGUUUUCUUGUCAUGCUGAUGCCAUGCUGGCAUACAAGAGGCUUCAAAAGCCUGAUGUCAUCUUUGGUCAUGCUGAGCGAACUGCUAAGGUAGCCUUUGCCGAACCGAUACAUGAACCAGACUCAGAGAUAAUGGCACAAGUCAAGUCUGUGUUUAUUAACGGUCUCCCUCUUGACUGGGACGAAGAUCAUGUGAGGGAGCUAUUGAAAUCGUAUGGUGAAAUUGUAAGAAUUGUUUUGUCAAGGAAUAUGGCCACAGCUAAGAGGAAGGAUUAUGGAUUUGUCGAUUUUUCCACACAUGAAGCUGCUUUAGCUUGUGUUGACGGUGUAAAUAAAUCAGAAUUGGGAGAUGGGAAAUCAGAGAUAAAAGUGAGUGCUAGGCUUUCAAAACCUUUGCCUAAAAUGCAGGCUGUUAAAGGUGGCAUGUGCGGUGACCUCCGCAUUGGUCAGGCUAGGAGUGAAGCCUACCCAAGAUCUGAAAGGGGUUUUGGGCGUGGGCGCGGAAGACAGCUGCUCAACAACAGGGGAAAUUUCAACAGGGGCAGGGGUUUCUAUCAUCAUGGGGUGCGCAGUCAAAUUGGAAGAAUGGGUUUUCCGGAUGACCCUGAUUUUAGUAUGCAUCCGGAUUUUCAUCAGUGGCAAUUUGGUCCACGAGGAGCUAUGAGGGGUGGAUAUUAUGCAGGUAGUCGAGGUGGUGCUCCAUUUGUUGGUCCAUCUAGACAUUAUCAUGAUAGAGCAUGGCAUGGUAUCCCUGAUGGAGGCCCCGGUGAGCCUCUUCCUCCAAGAAGGCCCUACUCUUCAGGUGGACAGUUUUAUGGUAUCCCUGAUGGAGGCCCCGGUGAGCUUUUUCCUCCAAGAAGGCCCUACUCUCCAGGUGGACAGUUUUAUGGUAUCCCUGAUGGAGGCCCUGGUGAGCCUAUUCCUCCAAGAAGGCCCUACUCUCCAGGUGGACAGUUUUAUGGUAUCCCUGAUGGAGGCCCUGGUGAGCCUAUACCUCCAAGAAGGCCAUACUCUCCAGGUGGACAGUUUGACAUGCCUUUUAUGGGAAGGCAUGUUGAUGAUCCAUAUCUAUAUGAUGACAAUAUGCGUGGAAUCAAACGUCCACUUUAUAUGACUGACCCUGAACCUGAUUACAUGGGGCCCAAUAGACUUCGCCCCCGAUUUGAUUAUGCAGAUCCAUCUAUGUUUCACGGAACUCGUUACCAUGAUUAUGCUGGGGCUGGCAGCAGACCGUACCCACAGGACUAUUAUGGUUCUAAUCAUGGUGGAGGUCCAUACUCAUCUUUUAAUGGAUGCGAUGGCCCACAUGGACACAGACACUACUAUUAGUGUCAAGAACCUUUUGGUGUAUCUGGAACAGACAGACCAGCAUCUUCAAUUAUGAGCAAUGCGGCCUCUCAAAUAUGCAAUUUUGAAGUUGCGUUUUUUAUUUUAUAUACACUUCUCUCUUAUUCCUAUUCCAUCUGUUUUGUUUCUAUUUAUCUAUUAGAUCAUAAAGGGGGGUAUAGACUUAGUUAUUUAACUGUGUGGGGUAGGUUGUCUCUCAGGUCUUGGAGGAGAAGGUAUAUCUAUAAGAUUUAAGUGGAAUAGGCUAGAUUGCAUUCGUUGACUUAGGUAUGACAUGACCAGGGACUGAUUUAUGAGGAUGCUUUGUGAAUGUACAAUGUACUUAUGAGUUAUGACCAAUCAAGUAUAUUUUUGGUGAUUGGAAACUGGAAAGUCUAUAGGACUACCAAAAUCUAAAUCUUCCAGGUGAUAGAUUUAUCUUUUAAGUGAUAGGCAAGGUGUGAUAUUUGAAUAUGCAUAUGGCGAGGCUUUUGCAGUUCUUAUGAAGGUUCUGGAGAAUUUGCUUACUGCUUGCUUUCAUGAUUAGAAGCUAUAGUAUGGCCUAAACAUAAAGCCUUACCAUAUUUUUGGAGUUCUUUCGUUGGGUAGGAUCCUUUUGAAUAUUUUUUGCCCCUACCAAAGCAUCCUUUGUAUGGAAAACUAUUUGUUUAUUGAAUUUAUGGAAGAUAAGGCUGGCUUUCAAUGGAA